UGGGUGGGGGGAGGCAUUAGUAGGCAAGAGCUGGGGCUGGACUGAGUGCCAUUCUCGGCCGGGCUUUCUUCACUGACCGGCUGCAAAGGCCACUGAGGGCAUUGCUUCCUCUCUCUCCCUGCCCCGAGUUGGGUUGGGUGAGUGCAGGGAGCUGGGACACGCUGAGAUCUGCCAGGAGAGCGUGUCCCCACCCACCUCAGGAGCAGGUCCUACUAGCCCAGCCAAGCCCAGAGCAGGCAGCGGAAGCCACAGGGAGCACAGAGAGCAGUGCCCAGCCCAGCUCAGAGGGCAAUGGGACAGGCCCGAGAGUCCCUGAGGCCGUCAGGAACCUAGGCCUCGCAUGUGCAGGAUCUUGGCGCUGGGAUCUGUUCGUGUACCUCUGCGUGGGGAUGUGCUCCCGAGGCUGCCUGAUGCUCUGUCCGGAUGAAGAAACUGAGAGAGUGGUCAAACAAUCAAGCCGAACCGGGGUUGUUCUGACCACAAACACAGCCGACACGGGAGCGACCAUGGAUGUGAUAAAUGAGGCUCAGAUUUUGUACUGUACUGGGGAAUUUGAACUUUAUUCUUUAGAUAAUGGGGAGCCAGCAGAGCUGGGGAGUUCCAGGGGAGGUGCUCCAUCGUAUUUCUUACCAUCUGACAUAAUACCUAUUUACUUGCACUUUAUUAUCUGUCUCCCUUCAAUGGAAUGUAAAGUAGACGGGGGCAAGUCCUUUGUUUUGUUCAGGGCUGUGAACAUUCCUGGAACCUUCUAAAGCUCCGUAAACAUCUGUAGAAGAAAGGAAGAAAGGGAGAGAUAUUAUUAGCAGAACCUGGGCACUUGACGCAUAUCUCGUUUAAUCUAACAACCUCGUGAAGUAGGAGACACCCCCCCCAAACCACCACCACCAACCACCACCUUUUUCCCCAGGUCUCCACUGCUGAUGAAGCGGUGCCCCAAAGCAUCCAACCCCUGACAGCCAUCUCUGCCCUGCAGCCAUAGCCCACAUUCCCAUGCCCUGCCGGCGGGGCGAGGCGACGAGGGUCUCUGCGCAGCCACCAGGCUCCACCCCGGAGAUGAACACGAUGUCAGGACCCUAGCGUGCCCGAUGAUGCCCCCUGCCUAGCUCCUCCUCACACUGUGGUACGAUGCUGAGCGACUCUGCCAACAACUCCAGCGUUGCUCCCCUGUGCCCUGACUACCGGAGCACCCACCGCCUGCACAUGGUGGCCUACAGCCUGGUGCUGGCCGCCGGGCUCCCCCUCAACGCGCUGGCCCUCUGGGUCUUCCUGCGCGCGCUGCGCGUGCACUCCGUGGUGAGCGUGUACAUGUGCAACCUGGCGGCCAGCGACCUGCUCUUCACCCUCUCGCUGCCCGUGCGCAUCUCCUACUACGUCCGGCACUACUGGUCCUUCCCCGGCCUCCUGUGCCAGGCGGCGGGCGCCAUCUUCCAGACGAACAUGUACGGCAGCUGCAUCUUCCUGACCCUCAUCAACGUGGACCGCUACGCGGCCAUCGUGCACCCGCUGCGGCUGCGCCACCUGCGGCGGCCCCGCGUGGCGCGGCUGCUGUGCCUGGGCGUGUGGGCGCUCAUCGUGGUGUUCGCCGUGCCCCUCGUCCUGGUGCACCGGCCCUCGUCCUGCAGCUACAACGGCAGCCAGGUACACCUGUGCUUCGAGAGCUUCGGCGACAGCCUGUGGAAGGGCAAGCUGCUGCCGCUCGUGCUGCUGGCCGAGGCGCUGGGCUUCCUGCUGCCCCUGGCGGCCAUGCUCUACUCGUCGGGUCGGGUCUUCUGGACCCUGGCGCGUCCCGACGCCACGCGGAACCAGCGGCGGCGGAAGACCGUGCGCCUCCUGCUGGCCAACCUCGUCAUCUUCCUGCUGUGCUUCGUGCCCUACAACACCACGCUGGCGGUCUACGGGCUGCUGCGGGGCAACCUGGUGGCGGCCAGCGGCCAGGCCUGCGACCGGGUGCGCCAGGUGCUCGUGGUGAUGGUGCUGUUGGCCGGCGCCAACUGCGUGCUGGACCCGCUGGUGUACUACUUCAGCGCCGAGGGUUUCCGCAACACCCUGCGCGGCCUGGGCACUCCGCUCCGCGCCAGGACCUUGGCCACCAACGGGGCUCAGGGGGCGCUUGCCGGAGGGCCCACCGAGACCACCCUCAUCGCCAGUCCGGCUCCCGCCAGUCAGGAGCUGCUUGGGCCUUCCAACUUCGGGACGCCCUUGAGGACCCAGCGCCCCGAGGACUCGGCCCUCUGAACGCACAUCGUGCGGUCGCGUUCCUGUGUGUUUCACCCCGCCCCCCCGCCACCACCCCCCCCCCCCCCCGCCACCACCCCCGCCACCCACACCCCCGCCACCACCACCACCCCGCCCCGCGCCGCUCACACGCGCACACUCACAGGGUGUGUACAUGAGGGAAGUGAAUGGGCGCUUGGACUUCUGGGUGGCAACUCCUGCCCAUAAAUGCAGGAGAGAACCAAGUGCGGGGAGCCAGGGGCACAGGGAAGGAAGAGUGCUGGUGGAAAUGCCUUCUUUACUUUGGUGGUGAUGGUGGGCAUGGGGCAGAUCCCUUCCCCAGUCCCGAGGGAGUGAUGCUGUGAGCUUCCCCAGUGCAGAGGCAGACGACUGGAUGACAUGCCCUUGGUGUGGGCAUGAAACACUAUGGAGAGCUGGUAGAUGGAGCAGAAAAUGAGUGUCCUGGAUUUAGACCAACCACAGCAGUCUUAGUGCCUUCGGUGCCACCCACUCUCAUUUCCACCUGGCCUUGCCCUGCCCAGCAUGGAGGCAGGAUACAAGAGUUUACUGGAUACAGACAGAAUCGGUUUCAUUCUUGGUUAGUGACUUGUAACAAUUUAGACCUGACACGCAGCAUGGGGUGGUUGGGGGCAGGAUAGAAAUGUGAGUUAGAGGGUGUUUUCUCCCCAGAGCCUGGUCCCUGUAGCCCUUUCUAGGUGUCUUUUCUCCUUCCACCCCACCCCACUUCCGAGACCUCCUCCAUUCUAGGUCCUAAAUUCUCUCUCUCUGCCUCUGGCGCUUCAUCUAGAAUUAAGGAGAAAAUUCUUUGUACUAAAGUAGCAGUUCUCAAACUUUGUUCUCAGACCCUUUUACAACUCUUAAAAAUUGAGGAUUCCAAGGAGUUUUUGCUUAUACUUUAUUCUUUUGAUACUUAACCAUAUUAGAAAUUAAAACUCGUAAGUUGUAACAACAGAAACACACAAGCACACCUUCCCUUAGCUGUGAGAACAAUAAUGUCAUCACACUUCAGGAAGCCUCUGGAAAACUCCACCCUAUACCUGUGAGUGAGGAGAUUGCAAAGGACAAACAACAUGGUGGGAGUAAUAGUAUUCGGAAAAUAACUUUGACCUUGUGGACAUCCUGGAAGAGUCAGUAUUAGAGUUCACGCGUAACUUCUUCCCAGGGCAUAUGUAUACAUUGUCUUUUAUUACUGCGGGGGACAAAUCAAUUGCUAAUUGUAGUCCCAAAGGCUUGAGGGUGUGCAGAGGCAGGUAGGAGCUGCACACCCAAUGCAACAUUACUUUGGGCUUCUUGGUGCGGGUGCUGCAGCUCUGAGGUGGGGGUGAACAAGGCACACAAACACUCUGGGGGGGGGGGGGCUUCUCUUUCCCACGGAAAGGAAAAGGGGACUGUUGCCACAGCCAGGGAAGAAGUUUCCAGGGAAAUAAGAGUGCGAUGGGAAGACAGGAAUGGGCUCUCUGUUCUUAGCAAGCUGGAGGCAAGGAAAUGGAAGACUGGUUAAAGGGCCACCUACUGUUUCCUUCUUCCCUCUUUACCGGAGUAGGGCUGGGAGGGGUUGCAGAGUUGGCUUCUUGAGACUCUGCAUAAGUGAGGAAGUUGCUGCCAUGCGUGUGUCCUGUAUGCAUUUCUGUCGCUAGGUCUCUCAAUGAUGUGUGUGUGUGUGUGUGUGUGUGUGUGUGUGUGUGUGUGUGUGAGAGAGAGAGAGAGAGAGAGAGAGAGUGUGUCAGGGUUUCCCUGUGUGUGUCUCUAUGUGUUUUAGUUUGGACUAAGCCUUUUGUGUGUCUUCAAGGAAUUGCUCCAGAUGGUGAUUUACAGGGGUAAAAUGACCCCUGGUGGCCAAAGUGGAGAACUGACCCAGAUUCCUCAGCGAUAGCUUUCAAGUAGAGCCUUCCACCAUCUGGUGGGAAGAUAGAGCCCCAGGCCAGGCCCUCCUGUAGCUCUAGAGGAGGCCUGAUGGUUAGCACCUGCUCCAUCUUGCUUCAUCCUUGGGUUCAAGACCCAUGCCCCGAGAGCAUAAAAUGUGGUGGUAGUCCAAAGUCUCAGAACUUUGCCCUAUCCAAACUGAAUUGAACACAGUUUUUAAAAAUUACUUGAGUAUUUUUAUAUUCUGAUAUGUGAAUGAAUUCCAAAGUGAUGAAAAUUCCCAGAGCAAGUAUCUUCUAAUAUACUAUAUAAUUAUUUAUUUUUAUAUUUUUUAUAGUUUCCUGUCUGUUUCUCCACCCCUCCCCCCCCAGGUAGAAUGUAAGGUGCCUGGGGGCAGGGAUUUUUGUUUGCUUGGUUCUCUGAUGUAUCUCCAGCGUCUAGAACAGCUCCUGGCACAAAAGAAGUGCUUAAUAAAUACUUGUUGAA